CGGCUAGUUCGUUCGUUACUGUGGUUCGUUAGUGCUAGCGAAUGCAGUAACAUCGCACGAAAAAACAAACUUUCUAUAUGAAUGUACUGAUAAAUGAAUUUUAGUGGAUGUUGAUCCGUUAUUACUUUUCCGGGUUGUGCACAACGAUCAAAAAUUUAUACAAAAUGAACAAGUUUCUGCUCCUAUUGUUAAUGGUCACGGCCGGCUACUGUUACAACAAGAAUGAAACCAUAUCAUCAGAUGACUACAAAUGCUCCCUUCCAGAUGUCACUACUAUCGACGAUAACCUCGAUAUCACCAGGUUUAGGGCUGACUUCGCGAAGAUAUCUGAGGUCAAGUUCCCUGGACUCAUCGGACCAACCAAUGAACAUCUUAUUUGUAAAAUAAAAUGCAUCGAUGGAAACUGGGUGGGCCCACUUUGUUCCCAAACACCAAUUAAAUCAAUUACAGAUGGUAGAUUCCAGCCUGUCUUCCGUGAAUGUCUGUAUCGCAAUCAAAACCCUUUAUUAGCUGUUGCCUUUAAAAAUGACUCUAUAUUGAUUGAUACCUACUUUCCACACGGCUCCGUGAUAGUUGCCAGGUGCAAGCACUUUGGCUUGUACAAGCUCACCGGGGAAAACAUGCUAAGGUGCGAGAAUGGAGAGUGGUCUUCAAAGAUGCCACAAUGCGUCCCAACUUCUGUGAUAACCAACUAUACAGGUGGCGCUCCGCCCACUAUUCAGUAUAUAGCCGUGACCGGUUCUGCUAUAGUGGAGCUGAGCGGCGAGCUGUACGUGUAUCCAGGAAGCACGGUGUGGCUGGACUGCCUCUGGCCACAGUCCCUGGGCAAGCCGGACUGGAGCUGGACCCAAAUGUACAGGCAUUAUGCUGCGUGGGCCAGCCAGACCGGCGAGACAGACCUGCACUACCGCCUCGUGCUGAACCGCGUCAGCGCCCGUCACAGCGACAGCUACACGUGCACCUCUCCCGCCGGGAACACCAACACGGUCGCCAUUAAAGUUGUUAACAUAGUUUGUCCGCCGAUUAACGUUUCGUCACCCCAUGUUCAUCAGUUCGCACAAGGCACGCGGCUGGGAAAUGCUGUUCACUUCAGCUGUCAGCCGGGCUACCAUCUCAAUGGUUCUGCUAUUGUCAACUGCAUGGGUGACGGGCGUUGGUCAUCGCAACCUCCUACAUGUGUAGAAACGUUUUGUCCAGUGCUCCGAACGCUAGGUAACCACCUAAGCGUCGUAGAGUACAAUUCAUCUUAUGGCGGACGCGCCGUUUUCGCUUGCUCGUGGGGGUAUCGGCUCAUUGGAGCCCCAGGGCUGGAAUGUGAGCUUGAUGGAAGAUGGUCUGGCGAGAUGCCGCACUGUAUACCUAUCUACUGCCCCGACCCGCUCGUGCCAGAGAAUGGUCGCUUGUUAACAGCGGCGUCGGCGUCGUCUAAGGACGGCAAGUACCCCGUCGGCGAUCUAAUCGUAUACUCGUGUGAAGAAGGUUACGAGAUCGUUGGUGAAUCUUCAAUAGUGUGCACUGAAAAUGGAUUCUGGUCGCAUCCCCCACCCUUCUGCUUACCUCCGUCAGAAAUAAAAAAAUCUGACACUAUUUAUAUUGAUAAUACGACUCUUGUCAAUUUUGAAGAAUAACAUACAUAGCCUGCAAAGUAUUUAUACUAAACAUAUUUAGUAGGCGUUUUUAGAACAUAAGAAAAUUAUAUUGAUAUUAUUGUUAAAAGUGAUAGGUCUCCUUAAAAUAUAUCUUUCUAUAUUGUACACUAAAGUUUAUUCUACAGGAUAUAUUCUUAUAUUUAUUUAAUAUAUACUUUGGAAAAAAGUUUACUAUUUUAUGAAUGUUUCUCAAACGAUAUACUUUAUGAAAAAUGUCUAGAAAUAUAAUAAAUGAUUAAUAUAUUUAAGUAGCCAUUCAAAUUAUAAAAUAAUAAAUAUGUCUGAAUAAUAUAUCAGUGAAUAUUUCAUUUCAAACAAAUUUGUACAAAAAAUAUGACAAUCAUAUCCAGGGUGUGACUGUAUUCAACUUUACAGCAAAGGGAAACUAUUCAUUACGACUUUAAUUUUUAUACAAAUUUGUGUGAAAGAAGCUGUA